GACUUUUGUGAAGUGCUGACAAAAUUUUGUUUAUCAGACUACUAACGAUAUUUUAUUUAUAUCUUAAUAAGCGAACGACAAGAUUUCAAACCACUUUUCGGUGUCAGUCUUUUAUACCACUUUAAAGCAGUAUUCGCAGAGAAACAGUCUGUUCGGGUCUAUCGAAUAACUAACGAACCAUUUCUUGGACUUUGAAAUAAACUUUGUAUCCAUGAUCUUUUAUUAAUUGUUCAUAAAUCAUUUCACUCCAAUAAAUUCGAGCUGAUAGAAAUCUUGCAAGUUGAGAUAAGCAAAAUUUUACUUUGCAAAUGUUCUUUUAAAAAGCAAGUCAAGAUAUUAUUAUCAAACAUUUGAAAAUGUAACCUUUUGAUUUUACUUGUCAUCAAUGGUAUUGCAGAGUACAUGUUAUAUCAGUCUGCCUCUGAUAAUAACGCCCUUAUCAUCAUUUAUUUUGACAUAUAUUUGCUAAAAUUUGUACGAUUUAUUUCAGUCGCUUCGAAGAAUUCAAGUACUAAAGUCAAAAUGGCUCAUUUAACUGGUAGCUGGAAAGUGGACGUCUUGUCAUUAAUCAUUGUAAUAUUAACAUUGGUGUACUUAUUUCUUAAACGAACUUAUUCGUAUUGGGAUCGUAAUGGCUUCAAAUCACUGUCGGAUGCCAGUCUUUUAUUUGGUCACUUCAAAGCGGGUCUUACACAAAAGGAAUCAAUCGGUCUUUUCUUUUGGAGAGUUUACCGAACAACAACCGAACCAUUUCUUGGAGUCUAUGGCAUUAUGCGGCCGAUUUUAUUCGUAAAAGAUCCACAACUGGUGCGAACCAUAUUGAUUAAAGAUUUCGCACAUUUUUCAGAUCGUGGAGUACAUUGUAAUGAAGACUACGAUCCUCUAUCGGCACAUUUGUUCGCUUUGCCCGGUAAAAAAUGGAAAAAUAUGCGAGCAAAACUCACCCCUACGUUCACUUCGGGAAAAUUAAAAGCAAUGUUCUCAACAAUCGUAAAUUGUGGCUCAACGUUGCACAGCUAUUUAGACAAUUUGGUGAGUGAAAAUGAACCGCUUCAUAUUCGUGAAAUAUCAGCGCGUCACUCGACAAAUAUCAUUGCGUCGGUUGCAUUUGGCAUUGAUGUGGAUUGCAUCAAUAAUCCAGAUAAUGAAUUUCGCGAAAAUGGACGUAAAUUUUUUGCAUCAACAUUCAUGAAUGGCAUUCGAUUUUUCAUUCGAUUUAUUGCACCAAAAUUGAUGCCAAUUUUACGUAUCAAAGGAAUUCCGUCGGAUGUUGAAGACUUCAUCAAAACACUUGUUAAACAAAAUUUGGAAUAUCGUGAAAAAAACAAUUACAGUCGAAAAGAUUUUUUCCAACUUUUGAUUCAAUUGAGAAAUGGCGGAACGGUGCAAUUAGACGAUGAGUGGAGCACAGUGAUCAAAGCCGAUGAAAAUCAAAAAACGUUAACUUUGAAUGAGAUCUGCGCACAAGCGCUUAUAUUCUAUGUCGCUGGCUUUGAAACAUCAUCAACGACUCUUUCGUAUUGCUUAUAUGAAUUGGCCAAACAUCCAGAUAUUCAAGAUCGGGUACACAAAGAAAUUGACACAGUUUUGAAUAAACACAAUGGACAACUUACGUAUGAAACAGUAUUGGAUAUGAUUUAUUUGGAAAAAUGUAUUGAAGAAACCCUUCGAAAAUAUCCGGUAUUACCAAUGAUAAAUCGAAAAUGCGUAAAAGAAUAUCGCAUUCCAGGCACCGAUAAUGUGAUCGAAGAAGGCGUUGAAGUGUAUAUGUCAGUUAUUGGAAUGCAUAGAGAUGAACAGUUUUAUGAUGAACCAAAUAAAUUCGAUCCAAUGCGAUUGGACGACGAAGUUGGAAAGAAUUUAGUGAAUAGACCGUAUAUUCCAUUCGGCGAUGGACCAAGGAAUUGUAUCGGCAUGAGAUUGGGCAAGCUUCAAACAAAAGUUGGACUUAUUUCAAUGCUACAGAAUUUCAAUUAUGAGCUGGAUGAACGACAUAAAGGUGGUGACUUGGAAUUUGACCCAAGACACUUUUUGCUACAACCUUCUGAAGAUAUUUUUCUUCGAGUGUCUAAAAGAGUAACAUCAUAAUUUAAUUUUUUUUCUAAUUUUUUGCCCAAGAGUAGUCAUAUUGUUUGUUGAACUCGCAAAUAUUGAAUACAAAAUGUAUCAGCAAAUGUUCAACAUUAAAAUGUAUUUCUGGUAAAUAACAAAUAAACUCCAAUUAUCCAAUUAGAACGUUGGCAUAGUUACAGCUCUUAAAACUACAAAGAAACUAGUAAAUGGCUUCCAUUUUCACAUAAAAUGGUAUUUAUGAGUUGUAUAUGAAAAAUUAAAAGAAAAAAAAAUGAGUAUUUUUAUGAGUAUGAAUAUAAAAAUUCGUUG